AUGGGUGGUUGUGCUGCACCAAAUUGUUCGAAUCAGUCUAAAAAUAACUUUAGGAUGUUUCGUUUCCCGAGAAAUGAAGAAAGACGAAGAAAAUGGAUAGUUAAUUCUCGUCGAGAUCAAUGGAUCCCGGGCCCAGGAGCGUAUCUUUGUGAGGUACAUUUUGAAGAAAAUCAAUCUGAAUGCUCUAGGCAAGAUGGGCGUAAAAAACUCAAGCCCAAUGCUGUGCCAACUCUUUUCAAUGUGCCUAAUCCCCCACAACUGUUGACCCCACAGCGUCUAAAAGGCAUUGGUUUACCAAAGCACCGUUCAGUUACAUCCAAUUUUUGUAAUGGUGGCUUGCUGCACAGUUUACCUUUAUCAACUGAAGCGAUUUCUGUUGCUGAACCAUCUGUUGUUCAUUUGCCACAACCUUCAGCUUCAUAUUUUGGAGAAAUAAAUUUUACUCUGAUGUGA